CACGGACUUCCUCAACGUCACUGCACCAUCCAGCCAACUCCACCCAGUCCAGUUACGUCCAUUAGGAGCUGUAUUUCACAAUGGCAGACUCAGACCUGACUCCAAAGUUUGCCCCGUUCUUCGGGAUGGCGGGCAUUGCAGCUGCAAUGACCUUUGGCUGUUUCGGAGCAGCUUAUGGUACAGCGAAGUCGGGUAUUGGAAUUGCGGGUGUCGGUACCUUCAGACCAGAUUUGAUAAUGAAGUCACUUAUCCCCGUUGUCAUGUCCGGUAUCAUCGCAGUCUACUCCCUCGUCAUUGCAGUCCUCAUUGCCGGAGAUAUGGGCCCGCCGCCAGCACAGAAUUAUAGUUUGUUUAACGGUUUCAUGCAUCUUGCCUGUGGUCUCUCUGUUGGCUUGACUGGUAUGGCGGCUGGAUACGCAAUCGGUAUUGUAGGAGAUAUGGGUGUCCGAUCAUACAUGCUACAAUCGAGGAUAUUCGUCGGCAUGGUUCUGAUUCUGAUUUUUGGAGAAGUAUUGGGUCUCUAUGGACUCAUUGUCGCCUUGAUUCUCAACACAAAGAGCAGAGGCUAGAGCAACAUUUACCCAAUGGUGUCCAGAGACCAAGGAACAAAAUAGCCGUCGAAAUCGAAACGUACGAAUACCAUUGUUUGAUUAAAGAGGCGGGGAAGGAGCAUUGCUGGGAGUUUGGUUGUGUAUAAAGGGAGAGCAGGUCCAUAGGAGAGCUCUAACUUCGAAUAUCUUGUACAAUGCAUUCUACACAAGAGGACUGAUAAUCUCGUUGCGAUUUCUUUCUUUUGGAUUCUGUUAUUUCUCUUGCCACUUGGAUCGACAUUGCGUAUA